AUGUUUGCUGGGAACUGGAAUGCACUUGCAAGUAGUAAUGUCCUGUGGAGGAAGUUGUGUCAGAAGAGAUGGCUCUGCUGUGAUAAGGACACCCUACAGCUUGAGGGCACAGAGACAUGGAAGCAGUUCUUUGUUUCCCGAACAUGGCAAGAACAUGCCAAGACCCGGGCAAAGCCAGAAGAUUUCACUUACAAGGAAUUUCCUGUGGAGUGUGGAGUUUGGGAAUGUGCAUAUUAUAUCUCAAGGAGUGGCUUAAGAAGAAAAGGACAAGGCAAUUCUGUUGUCUGUGUGUUGACUUCCAUGAACAGGAUUUCUACCUGGGAUAUUCACGAGGGCGUUAUGACCUGGGCAAGCCCAGAGCAGCCAGCCAGUAUCAAGCUGUUGACUACCCUUCCUGAGAUGCACAUGGCUGUCACUGUAGAUAUAAGAUCAACUAUCAAACUGUGGGACUGUUACAACAGGGAAGCUCUGGCUAUUAACAACCUGUUAUCUCCCUGCGAAUCACUGAAGGCUGUCUUUACCAAGGACGGCCCAAUUGUCUUGGCAGGAGACUUCUCGGGUAGCCUCUACAUCUUCAGGAUUCCCGACUUACACUUCAUUUUCAGAGUCAAUGUAUUCCCGUACAAUAUUGACCAAAUCUACUGCUCUCCUCAGAAGAAAUGGGUCUUUCUGAGAAAGAAACACACACAUAUCUUGUCAAAGGUGUUUUACAUGAGGAGCCUUCUGAGGACAUCAGAAUUCUCUGCCCCUAUGUCUACAGUUCUCAAUUUUCCAUUGUGCCAAAGAGCCUUCUGGACCCCAAGAAGGGAAGACAGGAUAACCCUGAUGUCUAGAAGUGGCCCCCAAAAUAUCACAAAAUUUGCCACAUUUGAUAUGAAGCUGGAAGAGAUUGGGAAUGAAAUAAUUGUUAAAGGAUAUUUGAUUGCAAGCUUCUCAUUGCCAGAAUAUGAGGGGAGCCUGGAAUGGAUCGGAGUUAGUGAUAAGAGCAUGAUUGUUUGUGCAACUGAAUGCUCUCUCUUGCUCUUCAGCAUGGAGGGUUUCCGUGUGCAGACAUUUGAGUACUGCCCAGAAGAGAUCUUGAGACUAUGGGUGGACCCCCUUCAUGUCAUCGUCACCUGUUUCAAUGGCUUUUUGGAUGUGUAUGCGUGGGAGGAGAGAAGCCUGCAGCUCAGGCGGUGUUAUCGGCUGCAAAACAGGAGACAUCUGCCACCGCAAAAGUAA